GUUUUUUCUUGUCAAUUGGGAAUAAAAGAAUUAUAUAUGUUGAAAAAAUUUUUAUUUGUCAAUCAAUAUUUAUUUAUGUGAUGGUGUAGAAUUUUAAUUGUGCUUUAUUAUUUUCACACUUGUUCUAUUUCUGUAUGCACAUAUAAAUAUUUAUUUAUUUUUUCGUCAUAGAUUAUAUUGAAAUCGAAUUUAAAUCAUUUAUUUUAUCUUUAUUUUCAGCUUGUUAAAAAGUCCAACCAUAAAACGGAUGGAAAUUCGAUCUCCUCACAUGCCAUCGAUGACUAUCAAACAGGUCGCAACUCUACGUUCGUAUGAUGGACCAUAUAAAGAGUCAGGUCAUGAUAAUCGAAUCGUUACUUCCACAAAUAGCACACCUCAGACAUUGUCACGUACUAGCUCAAUUAAAAAACAACAUGUUCAUUGGCCUGAUGGAUCGACAAAACCUAAAGGUGAUGAUCUUCGUUCAAUAAAAGAUCGACAAUUUACACCACGAAAACAACCAUAUCCUGGAGGAGAAAUUUUCAAUACUUCAAUACUUACUGAAUCUCCAUCAAGUCAUCGUCGUACUGCUGUUAUUCCUGCACCAUCUUCAGCACUUUCUCAUCUUAUUCAAACAGCUAUUAUUCCAGCUGGUUCGUCUGUUACGAACGCUGGUGCAAAUCAACGAUUAAUGCCACCAAAACAACUGACACCUACUCAUUUACCUAAUUAUACAAACAUUGUAUAG